AUGGAGAGAAAAAGAAGCAAUGUUGCUUCUGUUACCAUGUUUGUAGUGAUGGUUGCAUUGGUUUCUCAGUACCUUGUUAUUGUUUCUGUUAUGGCAGACAAUGUUAAGAAUGAGAAAAAUGAGUUCACUCCAGUGGCUCAUGCAGAGAGUUCUCCGUCGGGUUUGUCGAGUUCACUAUGUGAACAUAGUCCACCACCUCAUCACUCUGGAGGUGGUUGUGGAAGCAUUAGUCCUCCGCCGUCGCAUGGUCAUGGACAUGGCCAUAGUCCUCAUCAUCACGGUCAUAAAAAAUCACCGCCGUCGUCAGGUGGUGGAAGUUACACUCCAACACCGUCAACUCCCACCCCGUCACCACCCUCAGAUGGUGGUGGAAGUUACACCCCAACACCAACAACCCCCGACUCUUCACCACCAUCUGGCGGUGGAAGUUACACUCCAACCCCAUCAACUCCAGACACAUCACCACCAUCAGAUGGUAGUGGAAGUUACACCCCAACACCAACAACUCCCGACACUUCACCACCAUCUAGUGGUGGAAGUUACACUCCAACCCCGUCAACUCCCGAUACAUCACCACCAUCAGAUGGUAGUGGAAGUUACACCCCAACACCAACAACUCCCGACACUUCACCACCAUCUGGUGGUGGAAGUUACACUCCAACUCCAUCAACUCCCGACACAUCACCACCAUCAGAUGGUAGUGGAAGUUACACCCCAACACCAACAACUCCCGACCCUUCACCACCAUCUGGUGGUGGAAGUUACACUCCAACCCCAUCAACUCCUGACACAUCACCACCAUCAGAUGGUGGUGGAAGUUACACUCCAACACCAACAACUCCAUCAACACCACCAACUAGCGACUGUGGAUCACCGCCACCAGUUGACUCUACAAGCCCAACAUCACCAUCAAACCCUCCCUCAGGAGGUUACUACACCUCACCACCAUCAGACCCUAUAACCCCAACAACACCAUCAAACCCCCCCUCAGGAGGUUACUACACUUCACCACCAACCAGUUACAGCCCUCCAACUUAUGGCGGAAGUACCCCAACCGAUCCUGGCACCCCCACUUAUUCCAGCCCACCAACUUAUGGCGGAAGCACCCCAACCGAUCCUGGCACCCCCACUUAUUCCAGCCCACCAACUUAUGGCGGAAGUACCCCCACUUUCUCCACACCACCUUACCUUCCUGCACCAUCUCCCACUGGUACAUGCAACUACUGGAAUAAUCACCCACAACUCAUCUGGGGAUUACUCGGCUGGUGGGGAACCUUAGGCAGCGCAUUCGGUACUUCCAGCGUACCAGGAUUAGGAUCAAGCCUCAGCCUGCCACAAGCACUUUCCAACACAAGAACUGACGGGCUUGGAGCACUAUACAGAGAAGGUGCAGCUUCCUAUCUUAACUCCUUGGUGAACAACAAGUUCCCUUACACAACCGAGCAAGUCAGAGACAGAUUCAUAGCAUCACUCGGCUCAAAUAAGGUUGCAGCAACACAAGCUAAUCUCUUCCGGAUGGCUAAUGAGGGGAGAAUGAAGCCUAGAGCAUGA